AUGGCCGAUUUGCAAGGACGCAAGGUCUUCAAGGUCUUCAACCAGGACUUCAUCGUCGACGAGAGAUACACCGUCACCAAGGAGCUCGGCCAGGGAGCUUAUGGCAUUGUCUGCGCCGCCGUAAACAACCAGACUCAAGAGGGCGUUGCCAUCAAGAAGGUCACAAAUGUUUUCAGCAAAAAGAUCCUCGCCAAGCGCGCAUUGCGCGAGAUCAAGCUGCUCCAGCAUUUCAGGGGACAUCGCAACAUUACCUGCCUGUAUGAUAUGGACAUUCCCCGACCCGAUAACUUCAACGAGACCUACCUCUACGAAGAGCUGAUGGAAUGCGACCUGGCGGCCAUCAUCCGAUCCGGCCAGCCCUUGACCGACGCCCACUUCCAGUCCUUCAUCUACCAGAUCCUCUGCGGUCUCAAGUACAUCCACUCCGCCAACGUCCUGCACCGCGACCUGAAGCCCGGUAACUUGCUCGUCAAUGCCGACUGCGAACUCAAGAUUUGCGAUUUCGGUCUGGCACGUGGUUUCUCCGUCGACCCCGAAGAGAAUGCUGGUUACAUGACGGAGUACGUCGCCACAAGAUGGUACCGUGCCCCCGAGAUCAUGUUGAGCUUCCAAAGCUACACCAAAGCUAUUGACGUUUGGUCGGUUGGCUGCAUUUUGGCCGAGCUACUCGGCGGCCGCCCUUUCUUCAAGGGCCGUGACUAUGUCGACCAGCUGAACCAGAUUCUGCACAUUCUUGGAACCCCCAACGAGGAGACUCUCUCCCGCAUCGGUUCGCCCCGUGCCCAGGAAUAUGUCCGCAACUUGCCCUUUAUGCCCAAGAAGCCUUUCCCCAGCCUGUUCCCCCAGGCCAACCCUGACGCCCUCGACCUCCUCGACCGCAUGCUGGCCUUCGACCCCUCGAGCCGUAUCAGCGUCGAGCAGGCCCUCGAGCACCCCUAUCUUCACAUCUGGCACGACGCGUCCGACGAGCCCGACUGCCCCACGACAUUCAACUUCGACUUUGAAGUUGUCGAGGACGUCGGCGAGAUGCGCAAGAUGAUCUUGGACGAGGUCUACCGCUUCCGCCAGUUGGUCCGCACCGUCCCCGGAGCUACCCAGGCUGGCGGGCAGGCCGCUGGCCAGCAGGGCGGUGCUAGCCAGGUUCCCAUCCCAUCAGGAAACCCUGGGUGGACUUCCUCGGACCCCAGACCGCAGGAGUACGCUGGCCAGGGAGGUGGCUUGGAGGCCGACCUUGCCGGUGGCCUCGAUCACCGGAGAUAG